AGUUUUAAAGGGCCACCAGAGUUAUUUUCCAGUGUGCACCAGCGAGCUAUGAUGGCAUAUGUAACGAGAAGGAACCUCGUCGUUUUCAGGGCAGGGACAGCACAUGAGCCAUUAUUCACCUCUUCGUACAUAGAAGACAACAGCAAAGAAGUUUGGCUGGUCACAAAUCCUGCUCUGUAUUACCCUCUUCACCAGAGAGAAAAAUCAAAACACGAAACCGAAGUUUUUCUUUGGAAAGCAGAUAUUUCAGCCGACUCCGGUCAGUUAUUCGUUGAAAGGCACCUAAAGUUUAGAGGAACCUACGUGAUGGCUGGUAAAAGCGCAGAGCAAUUAAAGGAAAACUUUACCUGGAACAAAACAAAACUCGAAAAAUGCAAAGGUGGAAUGUCCCUUAUGGAUUUCGGUACACUUGUGACAGCCGUUUUGGUAUACAUGAAAAACCAUUACCCAAACACACCUGAUGAAUUCAACUUCCAAGCUGAAUUAAAGGCCGCAAGUCAUUGGUAUUGGCACCCAGAGAGCGAACAAAGCCCGUACGAUAAAGAAGAAAACUUCUUGUCGGAAACUAAGUAUCCAGAACCCGUUUUGGGCCCCCACAAAGAUCUUCGUGUGAAAAUAGCAGCAUUGGAAACCUGCAGAAAAUGGGUCAGUGACCUGGAAGAAAAAAAGAAAUGGCCACCAUGUAAAAAAAACCACAGGAUUGAAGAAGAUGAGGAAUAUUCAUCUGACGAGGAUAGAGAGAACGAAAUUGAUGAUCUCGAGGAAAGCAUUUUUGAUUUGAAGACGUACUUCGGUUUUACAGACCUUGAACUUGCCCAGACCCGUGCCCAGGUCCCAGAGGAUCCUUUGUCAUCCAAGAUGGCUGACCGGUUGAAAAAAGUCAAUGGAAAUCCAAUGAAAAUCAUCAGAAAAGUUUACCAAUGAAACUUAAUUUACCAUACACUAAUUCAUUGACUUGCUCUAAGCAGAUAUACUG